GAGUUCCGACGAGGCGCCAUGUGAGUCCCCACUGGGCUCGCACGCGGCCUCCAUCGGCAAGGAUGGCCUCAGCAGCUGGUCCAAGGUGAGUGUUGCCAGCGGUAGGAAGACGAGGAAGAGUUCACGGACAGCCGACGCCGACACCACCACCAAAGGCGCCCUGCCUACGAUCCCCGAGCAGGACGGGCUGGGCGAGGACGUCGGCGACGACCUCGACUCCAUCUCCCCCACGGUCCCGAUCGACACCGGUCUGCAGGGGCCGCCGGUAGAGCCCCAGGCCAUUACCCAGGCUGGAGCGGGCGCCAUGGCGAUAUCAACCCACAGUCAGCGCAGGGCGGCACAUGCGCGGGGCUGCGCCGACCGGAGGGCGCGCAGCACCGAGCUCGCAGCGAUGCCGUACCGCCUCGGCAGUACGUCUGCAACCGUGGCCUGGACCUGUCCUGUGCCAGGCUGCCAGCAGGUGAUCGACGGCAAGAGGAGUGAGGUCUCGAGCCAGUGGACGGCCACGGCCAGCAGAAAGGAAAGGACUUGCCACAGCGGGAAGCAGCGGGAGGUGUUCAGCUGGAAGAGGGAACAGGCCACGGAAAUCAAGCCGGCCACGGAGCAGGCGACCCGCGAGAAGCUCCAGCUCCCUGAGGGCGUGCCCACGCCCAGCGAGCUCAUGGUGAAGAAGUGCCCUUCGUGUGACGCCUGGUACCUCAACUUCCUCAACAGAACGCAGAGGGAGGUCGGCGUGAGGGAGCACAGGACCACGGUGCAUGCCAAGGAGGCUGAGGCACAGAAGGAACGCACGCGCGCCACGCACAAGGCGCAGAAGUUUGAGGAUGAGAGGGCCGCCAAAGCUGGAGAGGAGCCGAGGUGGCUUGCGGGAGAGAAUGCGAGCAAGAGGAACCUGAAGAGGUACCACGACGUCGCCGAGCACGACUCCGCCGUCAUGGACCGCAUAA